AUGCCCACCACGACAAGGAUUGACGUGGCUAGAUCCAGGGCUUUCUUGACAUUUCCCGCCCGCAGCGAUAGGCGGCGCUCUUUAGAGAAUCUUUCUAGAGAAUUCAACGUCAUCUCAAGCCACAAACUGCCUCCUGACGGGAUCCAUAUUCAGACAUUCCUCAUCAUGGCGGGACAGGACGGUCGUGGCACCAUUGCGUCCGUUCGCGCGGAGGCGCUAAACGCAGAUGGUGCGGAACUUGAAGUUCUAUAUCCACUGCAUUUAGCACAUCCGAUUCAUAACUUGCCGUUUUCGCAGGUAGCUUUCGAACCUGGAGCUGUUGGCAUUCUGACCGUGCCGAGCAGAGGAUCUGCUUAG